AUGUGUGCCAAAUAUCUCGUCAAAAUAUUUAAAAUUAAAACUGCAAUAAUGGAUUUUUUGUUUAUAACUUGUGUAGUUUUAGGUAUUAGUCAAUGUCUAAGUGCACCAACAGACUUAAAUAAUACCUUUACAGGCAAAAUUGAGGAAUGUGCUAAUUUUACAGCACUUAAGCUCAAUCAAACGGAAAUAUUAGACACAUGCAAAGAUUUUUUUAAAUUGAGUCCAACUCAAAUUAUUGAGUCUCGCAAUGAGACUGGAAUUUUGUGUACUUUAUAUAAUCAUUCUCUCAUUAGUUACUGUCGAUCCAAUAACACCAUAAGGUAUCCAACGGUAAGCGAGAUAAAACUAAAAAACUACACUCUGAAUUCCGUUUGUAAAAGCGUCGUAAACUCAUCUCAAAGUAUAUUACCAACAUUUAAAGAACAUUCUUGCUUGAGGACGUGCACAACGUUGUUCAACGAAGAGCUGCAGCCAGCGUGUCUAUUUGCCCACUAUUAUUAUCUUCAAACUACCAAUGUAACUGAGAAGACAGUUAUUCCAGUGCCCGUUCCCAAUAACCCUCCUGCUGAGAUUGUUAACCAACCAAAGGAAGCACUGCCCGAACAACCACCCAAGGAUUUACAUGAACCAGACCAACAAGCUGAAGUACCUCUUCCAAAAAAUGAGCAAAAUGUCGAGUCUAAGAAAGUUGUUGCUGCAAAUGUCAUUGCUUCCGAACAUCCGAAGGAUCCGGAAGAUCCGAAACUAGAAGAUAAAAAGAAGCCAGAACCUCCUUCACCUAAAACCCUUACAUCUACAACACUUAAAGUGUCUGAGCCAGUCCAAGCCCCAGCUCCAGUCCCAGUCGAUGUCAAUAUUGCUCAACCAAAUGCAGAUGAUACUAUGAUGAAUGAGGAUGAUGAGGAUGAGGGAAUACAUGGCGGUGAUGAUAAUGAAUAUGCUGAUGGUCCUCCUGGUCCCGUCAAACCAGAAACUGUUAAGGCAGGUAAGUUCAACAUUAUUGUGCUAGCAUUUAUCUAA